GCAGUGCACGUCCCCGGCCCCCAGGACCACGGCUUCCUUUCCAUCAGAUCCAUCUGUCCAUCCAUUUGUGUGGAUCCACAAUGGCAACCUUCAGCCGCCAGGAAUUUUUCCAGCAGCUACUGCAGGGCUGUCUCCUGCCUACUGUCCAACAGGGCCUUGACCAGAUCUGGCUGCUCCUUACCAUCUGCUUCGCCUGCCGCCUCCUUUGGAGGCUGGGGUUACCGUCUUACCUGAAGCAUGCAAGCACCGUGGCAGGUGGCUUCUUCAGCCUCUACCACUUCUUCCAGCUGCACAUGGUUUGGGUCGUGCUGCUCAGCCUCCUGUGCUACCUCGUGCUGUUCCUCUGCCGACACUCCUCUCACCGAGGCGUCUUCCUCUCCAUCACCAUCCUCAUCUACCUACUCAUGGGUGAGAUGCACAUGGUGGACACCGUGACAUGGCACAAGAUGCGAGGGGCCCAGAUGAUCGUGGCCAUGAAGGCGGUGUCUCUGGGCUUCGACCUGGACCGGGGCGAGGUGGGUGCAGUGCCCUCACCUGUGGAGUUCAUGGGCUACCUCUACUUUGUGGGCACCAUCGUCUUUGGGCCCUGGAUAUCCUUCCACAGCUACCUACAGGCUGUCCAAGGCCGCCCACUGAGCCGCCGAUGGCUGAAGAAGGUGGCCCGGAGCCUGGCGCUGGCCCUGCUGUGCCUUGUACUGUCCACUUGUGUGGGCCCUUACCUCUUCCCCUACUUCGUCCCCCUCGACGGUGAUCGACUCUUUCGCAACAAGAAACGCAAAGCCAGGGGCACCAUGGUAAGGUGGUUGCGGGCCUACGAGAGUGCUGUCUCCUUCCACUUCAGCAACUAUUUUGUGGGCUUUCUGUCUGAGGCUACAGCCACAUUGGCCGGGGCUGGCUUCACGGAGGAGAAGGACCACCUGGAAUGGGACCUGACAGUCUCUAGACCAUUGAAUGUGGAGCUGCCCCGGUCCAUGGUGGAAGUUGUCACAAGCUGGAACCUGCCCAUGUCUUAUUGGUUAAAUAACUAUGUUUUCAAGAAUGCUCUCCGCCUGGGGACCUUCUCAGCCGUGCUAGUCACCUACGCAUCCAGUGCCCUCCUGCAUGGCUUCAGUUUCCACCUGGCUGCGGUACUGCUGUCCCUGGCAUUUAUCACCUACGUGGAACAUGUCCUCCGAAAGCGCCUGGCUCAGAUCCUCAGUGCCUGCAUCUUGUCGAAGCGUUGUCUGCCGGACUGUUCACAUCGGCAUCGCUUGGGCCUGAGGGUACGAGCCUUAAACUUGCUCUUUGGGGCCCUAGCUGUCUUCCACUUGGCCUACCUGGGCUCCCUGUUUGAUGUCGAUGUGGACGACACCACAGAGGAGCAGGGCUACGGCAUGGCAUACACUGUCCACAAGUGGUCAGAGCUCAGCUGGGCGAGUCACUGGGUCACUUUUGGAUGCUGGAUCUUCUACCGUCUCAUAGGCUGA